AUGGAACACAAAAGCAGCGAUGGUGCUAAGGUGCCUCUGUGGCUAUUCUACCAGUCCCAACUAGCAAAGACAACUCAACAGGCAUCCAGCAACAGCAACAGCAACAACAUCUCAACUCCAGCGAUAUCAAGCAAGAUGGCCAAUAACGUCCAGUCCAUCUUUCAUCUCCCAGCCUUCCUCUACAACGGACCCGUGUCCCCAACAGAACACUGCAACUCUCUUACUUUCCUCCCUGACGACACUCCCCUAAGCCCCGACGCUUUCAAUGAAUGGAGAGGAACACCAUGGGGGCGCACACGAACUCCCGUCCGUCUCGCCGUCGCCAGAGAUCUGCACUAUGGAAGCACUCCCGACGUCGACAUCCAGUUCACCGACCUCAAAGGCCCUCGCCGUCCCAAGACCAAGUGCGCCGUCAUCGGAUCCGGACGUCCCAAGCCUGAAAGCCCAGCACACUCGAAAUCCGUCCCAUCAAGCGAGCCACAUGAAGAAACGGCCACUGUCAACCCAGUCAAAUCCGUCCCAUCAAGCGAGCCACAUGAAGAAACGGCCACUGUCAACCCAGUCGACGAAAGCAGUCACACCGUCAGCGUCAGCGUCACCGACACCCCCAGCCCCAACCCAAAGCGUUCGAAGCGCGAUGUCAUCCGAUCGAGACGCCCCAAGCUAGAGCACCAUGGAGACAUGAGCAACCUACGACCAGAUGACCGAGGCAUGGACGCCGCCACAUGCGAAAAAUUCUAUCGCAUGUCCACAGCCCCAGAGGACCGCAUCUCACUCACCAGCACAGAAUCCGAUGACAGCGACGCCUCCGCCUCGACAAGAGUCAGCUUCGACCUAGGCGCAAAAUACGCCACACGGUCAAACACUGAACAGAAGGCCAAGUGCAGAGCCGAUGCCCGUGCUAUGGUCGAAAGAGAGGCAGCCACCACCAAGCAUACCGUCAUGGUGACCAAAGUCGCUCCCGACCUCGAGGAAGAUUUCCCCACCACUAAGCCCGAGGAGGAGAGACCUGAGUUUGCAGUAAAGGCGAUUGCGAAUGCGGAGGGGGAGACAGAGGAGCUUGCUGCGAUCUCCAACCUCAGCCGCCAGCUCACAUCCACCAACCUCAACGACGGCCGUAGCGCCCUCACCGAACAGAUCACCACCACAGGGGAUGACAAGACAGAAGAGGCCGAAUAG